AUGAAUAGGGCGUCAAGGGCUGCUGAGUUGACUCCACCCAUUCUGUGUCUGUCACCAACUGCAAAAUUCACACUUUACCGUCUCUCGCAGAGACGUAUGUCCUCCUUCUGUAUCCUCAUGCACACCGAGAGCGAUAAGGCAGGGGAAUCGAAAGAAAGCAGAGCUGAUAGAGCAAUACAUUUUCACUGCUAUUUACUGCUCAAGUUGUCAACUUCUGCUCUUCUCGGCCUCUUGACGACAUCAUCUGGGCCAGGGGACCGACGAGACUGGAACAUAGGCGGAGGAGAGCGGUCUCUUGGAGUAGAAGUGCUAUCCGACAAGGUUGAGGACGAAAUGUAA